AUGGCCUGCUCAGUCGACGCCCCAUCCCUGAAGGACUUGCCCAAAGUAGCCACAGACUUAAAAAGCCAGCUGGAAGGUUUCAACCAGAGCUGCCUGCGUGACGUAGACACUAAUGAGAAGAUUGUACUCCCGUCCGCUGAAGACGUAGCGAAAGAAAAGCAACACAACGCGCUACUUCAGGGUGUUGAACAAUUUCAAACAUCUUCCCUGAGAAAAACGGAGACGGUGGAAAAAAUCGUGCUACCAAAUGCAUUAGAUGUUGCCACGGAGAAAACUCAAAAAUCCCUGUUUGAUGGCAUUGAAAAAUUCGAUGCGGCAAGUUUGAAGCACACAGAAACUCAGGAAAAGAAUCCUUUACCAGACAAAGAUGUUGUAGCGGCAGAGAAGCAGCACCAGAACCUAUUGGAAGGCGUUGAACACUUCGACAAGACUCAGAUGAAGCACACGACGACAGAAGAAAAGAAUCCCUUACCGCCUAUCGAAGCUAUUGAAGCCGAGAAGGAGAAAAACAAGUUUUUGAACGGCAUCGAGAACUUCGACCCCACCAAGUUGAAGCACACUGAGACUUGCGAAAAGAACCCACUGCCCACCAAGGACAUCAUCGAACAGGAAAAGACGGCCUGA